AUUUCAGCUGCAGCUGUUGUGGCGAUUGGAUGUUGAAAGUUUUUUCCUUGUAAAUUCCUGUAGUGCAUUUUAUUGUUGUUUCUUUUGCCGAAUUUAUUCAAUUAUUUUCAAUAAUAAGCAGCUAAAUUGAGCCGUUUAAACGAAAAUACCUGCAAAUCGGAGCGUUAAAAAUGGACGCAAAAAAUGAGAAUGUUACCGGUUCAGAAACGGCGAUGAACAAUUCCUCCGUGACGAUGGUGGAUGUGCUGAAUGAUCAACUCGAACAAGAAGCGGAAAGUGAUGCCGUACUAGGAGGAUCCGACGAUAAAAAUUGUACUUAUGCGAAGGGUUACAUUGAGCGACAAGCUCUGUAUGCAUGUCUGACAUGUUUGCCGGAGUCUCGAGUGAACGAAGAAAAGCGAGCCGGAGUAUGUCUGGCCUGUUCCUACCACUGUCACGAAGGUCACGAGCUGAUCGAGUUAUACACGAAACGAAAUUUCCGCUGCGAUUGCGGAGGAAAGCGUAUGCCAGAUGUACGAUGCAAGCUCGAUCCAUUAAAAUUGGAGCCAAAUGAUGGAAAUCUGUACAAUCAGAACUUCAGUGGAUUGUACUGUACGUGCAAAAGGCCCUACCCUGAUCCGGAAGAUAACGUCCCAGAUGAGAUGAUCCAGUGUGUGGUCUGCGAGGAUUGGUAUCACUCUCGUCAUUUGGAUACUGAAUUGCCGGAAAACACUAAAGAAUUCUCAGAAAUGAUCUGCGGAGGAUGUAUGGAGCGAGUCGGGGUUUUGAAAAAUUACGUGGGAAGGAUUGAAAACGGUAAUCGAACUAUACUGGACGAGACUCUUCAGGUAGAUGUGACAGGAUUGGACGAAUCUACUGCAGCAGCAGAUACAAGCACCGUUAAUCAAGACGAAGCCAAUAAAGACGACGAUCAGCAAGAUAGUAACGGGAACAGCUGUAAACGUCCAAAGUUGGAUAUUUGUACAAAGCCUCCGCCGGAGGAGGGCGGUAAAGCUACAUAUAAGAAAGGAGCUACCUUUUGGAAUGAUGGGUGGCGGCUGCACCUUUGCCGUUGCUCAGAUUGUACGGAAACGUACAAAAGGUUGAAUGUUGAAUUUCUGCUGAACGAAAAGGACACCGUACAGUGGUACGAAGAAAAUGGUCGAACAAAGACCGAAGCACAGGGCAGUUCCUACGAGCAGGGAAUCAGAGCGUGGAAUCAGGUUGGACGUAUCCAACAGGUGGAAAUUUUAUCCGGCUAUAAUCACAUGAAAGAGCGCUUGCGAGAUUUUCUGGAUACUUUUGUCACAAGUCAGCAGGUUGUGACGGAAAAGGAUAUCACCGAGUUUUUUGCCAAGUUGAACCGCGAAAAGAAGGAUAAUGUCGGAUCGCCUUCGUAUUUCUGUCGUUAAUGGGGGGUUAAAGAGUGGAAUGAAAUUCUUGGAUUUAUUGUUGCUUACAUUGUCUCUGUAAAUUGCAUUAUAAACGUGUACACAGCAUAUUGUAAAUUGUGAUUUCGCAAAAAUAAAUCGAAAUCGAAUUAAUUUUUAAA